CCUGUUUUCAGGCUCAGCAUGUCCACUGUCAAGGAACAGCUAAUUCAGAACCUGACUCAGGAAGACAAAGUCUCCCGCUGUAAGAUCACGGUGGUGGGGGCUGGAAAUGUCGGCAUGGCGUGUGCUAUUAGUAUCUUACUGAAGGACUUGGCCGAUGAGCUUGCCCUUGUUGACGCUGACGCAGACAAGCUGAAGGGGGAGGCCCUGGAUCUUCUGCACGGCAGCCUUUUCUUUAGCACUUCAAAGAUCGUCUACGGAAACGAUUACAGUGUAUCUGCCAACUCCAAAUUAGUUAUCAUCACAGCUGGUGCAAGGCAGGUAGUGGGAGAAACGCGCCUUGACCUGGUCCAGCGAAAUGUUGUUAUCAUGAAAUCCAUCGUUCCUGGCAUAGUCAAAAACAGUCCCGACUGUAAAAUAAUGAUUGUCUCCAACCCAGUGGAUAUUCUGACGUACGUGGCUUGGAAGAUAAGUGGCCUCCCUCCAACGCGUGUGAUCGGCAGUGGCUGUAACCUCGACUCUGCCCGUUUCCGUUACCUGAUUGGGGAGAAGCUGGGCGUCCACCCUUCAAGCUGCCACGGCUGGGUUCUUGGAGAGCACGGAGACUCCAGUGUGCCCCUGUGGAGUGGCGUGAAUGUCGCUGGCGUGCCGCUGAAGUCGCUGAACCCAGCUUUAGGAACUGACUCAGACAAGGAACAGUGGAAAAAGGUCCACAAGCAGGUGGUGGAAAGUGGCUAUGAGGUCCUUCGGCUCAAGGGCUACACCUCCUGGGCGAUUGGGCUGUCUGUGACAGACCUGGCCGGGUCGAUGCUGAAGAACCUAAGGAGGGUGCACCCAGUGUCGACGCUGGUUAAGGGCUUAUACGGGAUAAAGGAAGAGAUCUUCCUCAGUGUCCCGUGUAUCUUGGGACGAAAUGGUGUUACUGACAUUGUGAAGGUGAACUUGAACCCUGAGGAGGUGACCCUUCUCAGGAAGAGUGCAGAAACCCUCUGGAAUGUCCAGAAGGACCUGAAAUUAUGACAUCUC